GCUCUGCCGAAAUUGCGCUCUAUUGAUGUGUCCUUUUUUGACCACGAGUACCCGGACAUAUGGGUAGCUCCAUACGACGACUCCCAGGCUUGCCAGGAGCCCUCCUGCUUGGGGGCACUUCUACUGGGAGCUCACGGUGAGCUGCGCUGCGCCCAGCUGACCUCGCCAGCUGUGAUGCCGCUCCUGGACUCCUGCCCCGCUGGCCUACAGAGCCUGACCGUCUCGGCAGCCCCGGGGAUGGCCGCCAAGCUGCGGCGGCUGGGCGAACUGCAGGAGCUCAAGUUCGUCGGAGUUUACUGCCAUGCCAACAUCGCCGAGAUGGCGGACGCGCUGAGGACGUGGAGCGGGCCGCUGCUCAAGCUGACGCUACCGUCGUGCCUGGCGUGCCGCGAGGAGGAGGCGACGCUGAUGCGCGCCCUGGGCGCGGGCGCCCUGCGCAGCCUGACGCACCUCAACCUGCGCGUCCUAGAGGAGUCCGGCCUGCGCGCCCUGGCCGCGGCGCUGCCCGCCCUGCCCAGCCUGGCCUCGCUGACCCUGACUGUUGCACCGCCGCGCAAGCCCGAUGUGCUACGCGACUUGUUCGCUGGCGCCGGCCCCAGCCUCUGUGAGAGCCUGCUCCUUUUCGAGGACCUGCUCAGCCCCGGUUUUACGACAUCCGAGCUCCGCUCGGAUCUCCCGAACUUGGUGCGCCGCGCCCCGACGUCGGUGUCGCUGCACGUGCAUGCUGAUGCGCAUCCCCUGGAGCAGCCUGAUGGCUUGGGCGAAUUCGCCCGAGCUGAUGGGUUCUGCAGCAUCUGCGAUGCCAAGCCACACUCCGAGCACUCCAUCGUGUUCGGCAUUCACGCCGCCGACGAGCAAGAGUCCUGCCCGGUGUGCGCUGCUGUGCGCGUGCGCGGCUCCUUCCCCUUCCAGUGGACCGACACCUCAAUCCACUACGUGUGCGUGGGGAAGACUUAAGCUACCCCAUUGCACGAGACUGUGGUGUGUGUCGAACUGCAACUAUUGAUAUCUUCGUUACCCGUAAGUCACUACUCGUCGUUUGUAUACCGUUUUUACCAUUUAUUUUUCCUGUGUGAAACGUGUGUCUGAAGCAUUGCAUCUUAAUGAGAUUUAACAAUUUAAAAAUAGAAAUGUUCAGUUAUUGGC